ACCUUCGUCCAUUCAUUUCCGUCAACAUGUUCGGCCUGAAAGUAGCACGCUGUGUAGUACCGAUGUUUGCUCAAUGUGUAACAAGAUCUAAAGCAUUAACAAGUAAUUUUGUACCUAUGAGAUUAUAUGGCUAUGCAUCGAAGAGGAAUUUUUCAAUGACGGUUCCAUUGUGGAAGAAGGAAACGGUGUCUGUGACGUUUGUAUGUUCUGACGGUACCAAGUUGAAGGUGGACGCAGCUGUUGGGGACAAUCUGCUGGAUGUGGUCAUUGACAAUGAUGUUGAUCUUGAUGGAUUUGGUGCUUGUGAGGGAACACUGGCCUGCUCCACAUGUCACCUGGUCUUUGACAAGGCUGAUUAUGACCGCUUGCCAUCCGAGCCAUGUGAUGAGGAACUAGACAUGCUGGACCUGGCGUAUGGAAUCACAGACACGUCGCGCUUGGGGUGUCAGGUCAUAGUGUCAAAAGACAUGGAAGGCCUGGUAGUAAGUGUCCCUGCAGGAGUUGCAGACGCUCGGGAACCAUCUUAACGAAGGCUCAAACUAGGUGCACCUAGUGUGAACAUGUAUUAGUGCUUAGAGGCAGGGCUUAGAACAAUUACUGUACAUAUGGAAGUUUAAAUUGAUGAAAAAUGUUAAUGACAUCUUCAUUUAAUCCAGAAUGCAAUUGGGCUCUUUGCUUCAUCACGAACAUGUAUGAUCAGAGAUUCAAAUGGCAAAAUCUUGUUUUCUCUGCAGGUAAAUUAUUAAAAAGAUAAUAAUUCUUCAUAAUGAAGUCAGUAGCAGCUCUGAAUGUAGGCUGUAAGGAAAGUCACGUCAUUAGUUCAAUUUCAAUGAAAUCCAAAAUUGUUCUUAAUUCUUUUUACUAACAUUAAUUAUUAAAACAAAAUUUGUAAGUCAAUUAUCCCAAAGUACUUUUGUAUUGUGGUGAAAUGGGUACUGACGUUGCGGACGAAAUGUUUAAAAAUAUUCCACUAGCUUGGAAACAUCUGUAAAUACAGGGUUUCAUCAGACCCGAAAGCUCUUGCAAGAUCGUUAUCAGAGAAACAGCGGAGUUGCCUCAUACAUGUCGUCAUAAUCCUAUUUGUGUGAAAGAAAUUGAUGAAUUUGAUAUUUAUUUUUAUUUUUAAUAUAUUACAAAAAAAUGUAAUAGAAGUGUUGAUUAAAAUCAUGAAUGUAAACAGUUGCAUAGAAAUGCAUAUUGGUAACUUGUAUAUUUAAUCAAAAUUUCUAUUAAUUUUUAGCUCGACUAUUCGAAGAAUAGGUGGGCUAUACUACUCGCCCCGGCGUCAGCGUCCGGUUAAAGUUUUAGGGCAAGUUGGGAUUUUCACUUAUAAGUCCAAUACCCUUCAUUCAAUUGACUUAAUACUUCACACAGUUGUUCAGGGCUAUCACAUGAUGAGGUUAGGUAACUCCAUAUUAUUCUUUACACAGAUUAUGGCCCAUGAUUGACUAUGGAACUUAGGUUAAAGUUUUAGGGCAGGUUGGGAUAUUUAUUAAUAACUUCUAUACCCUUUGUUCAAUUGACUUAUUACUUCACACAGUUGUUCAGGACCAUCACACAAUGAGGUUACAUAACCCCAUAUUAUCCUUAAUACAAGUUAUGGCCCCUGAUUGACUUAGGUUAAAGUUUUAGGGCAGGUUAAAGUUUUAGGGCAAGUUUUUUUUUAUUUUGAGGCAUAUUUGUAUAUUCUUAACCACAUUUUCAUAAUGGGAAAUCAAGUUACUUGAAUGACUUGCGUCAUUAUUCGGGCGGGCUGGUGGGAGGGCAGCAUCAAAGUCACCUUAUGUAUCGAAUAAUUUUAGUUAGGUUUGACAUAAAGAGACCAAACUUGGUAAUAUUACAUCGUUAUUGUAUUCACUUCUAAGUCAAAGCGGCGUAGUCGAGCGCGCUGUCUUACGACGGCUCUUGUUGUCAAAAUUGUGGAAGGUCAGAUUCAUGUUCAUAGAUAUUGUUAUAUUUUUAUAAAAUUAUAGCUUUAAAUCCGUGUAUAGGUUGCUAACAAAUAUUUGUUGAAAUAUUUACAAAAUAUGCAUUGUGACAGGGAUUCAUUUUUAAAUCUGCUCGAGUUGAUCUUUCGUGACUCGAUAUAUUGUACAACCAUGGGUGCUGUGCAAGUAUCUUGGGAGUCCCAAUCAUAUCUUUGUUCACAUAUUAAUGGAAAACAAUGCAUCCUGCAGAUGAACUUGUUGAAGAAUCCUUUAAUGGGCACCAGGACCCAAGAGGCCCAGCAAAAUGAAUCACUAAUAAUAAUAAUAAUAUCUUUAUUUAGAGAAGGUAUAUACACAUUAUGACAUAAUUACAGGUUUAACCAUAACAACAUCAUAUUUACAAUGUGGCCUUCUAUGAAGAAAAACAAACAAACAAAAACAAAAUGCAAUUGGUAAAUCAUAAAACAUCUGCAACGCACUUAUACAUUUGCAUACAAGAACUACUGAUGUUUUGAAUAUAAUUAUUCUAUACAAAUCAUGUUUAAUUAACAUAACAAUUUAAGUUAUUUCAAUAAACUUCAUGUACACGCCGACAGACACUCAAUAAAACACAACAAUUCAUUAACAAAUAACAGUUAGUUCAAUCUUUAAUGUGUAGGAGUAUUUCAAAAUAUAGGAAAUGUUGUACAGUAAGAUGAUGGUGGAUGACAAUCAUGAAUGAUAUAGUAAUUGAAUCAUCUUAAAUAUUGCACAGUAACACUUACAUUUAUUAUUAAAUCCCUUUAGAUUCCAGAUGGAUAUAACUUGUUGCCAAAACUUUUUGAUAAGAAAUAUAUAUUUUUUUCCGCUAUUAACAUUGAUUAUUUUAAUUGUUAUUAAAAGAAAUAUGCACAUGUAUGUACAUAUAAGAUUUACUGUAGAACUGGAGUUUGCUUAUUAGAUUUAUAUAUGUGUUAAUUCAAUACGUUUAUUUUCAUUCCAUUACUGCUUUACAUAUGAAAAAAUAACUUCAAAUAUAAAUAAAAUAUAGGGUACGAAAUGAUAAAAAAAUCGGAGGUAAUGAAAUGGUGGAGGUACGAAAUGACUAUAAACCUUUUAAAAGCGUCAAGAAACAACCAAAGUUUGCAAUAUGUAUGUGUUAUUUAGUUAUUAUCAAUUUUAUAUUGUGUUGAAAUUUUUGAAUGUACAUUCUUCGUCAUGUAAAUAAUUUGAACUGUUCUGGAUAUUGUCUUGUCGGAUUUAUGAUUAUUGUUACAUGUGCAAACUAUUGAAAAUAAAUGGAAAUAAAGUUU